GCAGAAAAGCUCUUCCGUUUUCUGACCCCUCACGUGUAACCUUUUCAUGCCCCUCCAUUUCAUCACCUCUCCAGCUCUCUCCCCACACUCGGGAAGAAAGCGGGGUUUUGGUGUCAAAUGGUUUGUAGUGUUAUUAUAUGAUCCAUGGAAGCUCUCUUGAGCUUGGGUAAUGGAGUCCAAGAGAGGAAUUGUUGAAAAGAAAAAAAAGAUAAAAAGCUAGGGUGAAAAGUGGUGCAUACAGCGCGCGGUAACAAACACACAGGAACACCGACACUAGAAGGAGAGCACCAUGACACUGGAAGCACUGGCUUCUAGUGAGCUCCCUAUUUUUCUCGUCUAUGAUACCAUCUCCGCCACCCCACUCCACCACCCUGACGCUUCAUCAUGCUCAAGGCUCCUCUUCGACAAUGCCGGCGGUGGUGACGGAUUGAGCUCGUUGGGCGUCCGUCACUCGAUGCCGGCGAUGUUAGGGGGCUCAACAGAUUCAAGGCCUAGCACGAUGGAAGGGCAGGGGAGGAGGAAGUGGCGGAGGCGGCCGAGGAGCUGCAAGAAUAAGGAGGAGGCGGAGAGCCAGCGGAUGACCCACAUUGCCGUCGAGCGCAACCGCCGUCGCCAGAUGAACGAGCACCUCGCCGUGCUGCGGUCCCUAAUGCCAGAGUCCUACGUCCAAAGGGGCGACCAAGCGUCCGUUGUGGGUGGAGCCAUUGAUUUUGUGAAGGAGCUCGAGCAACUCCUCCAGUCCCUUGAAGUCCAGAAGAGAACACUCCAGCAACAAAGGAGCAAGGCCGAGAAAACGCCAAGCAUCGAGCCAGGGUGCACCAGCAGCAACACCGAUGAAACUGAUUCCCCUCCCUUUGCUCGUUUCUUUGCCUACCCACAGUACAUCUGGUGCCAUGCACCCGGGGACAGCCCUCCACCGGAGAACCUGUCGGCGGUGGCCGACAUCGAGGUCACCUUGAUCGAAACGCAUGCAAAUCUUCGGAUUCUCUCACCUAGAAGGCCUAGACAGCUCCUCAAGAUGGUGGCCGGGCUUCAGAGCCUCAGGCUCACCAUUCUACACCUCAACGUCACCACCCUGGACUCCAUGGUCCUCUACUCCCUUAGUGCCAAGGUCGAGGAGGGUUGCAAUCUGACAACGGUCAACGACAUCGCGGCUGCGGUUCACCACAUCCUCUCCUUGAUGGAAGCAGAGAUGACUGCCCUAAGCCAUUAAAAGGCUGCGAGAGGAGUCCGGGACCAUCCAUGAGGUUUGAGCUUUCCACAGGAAUGCAAUGGGCUCGCCUAAUUCCCACUUCUGUGCAGGUGUAAUCAUGUGUGUUAUGGUCCUCUGACCUGAUGGUCUCCUUUUACCUUGUAAAGCUUGGUGGAUUGUCUUGGAUUGUCUUCUUUAGGCCCAUCCCUUAUCGAUGGCCCAAGCUCAUCAAUCGGACCACCAACCUAAUGUUCAUUAAUGCGGUCAAUAGUACAUUUUAGGUGCAUUAAGCAUUCCAUAUGAUCUUGGAUUUACAUUAGAAGCUUCA